AUGGCCACCUGGCGAGCAUCUAUCAUCCGCGAUGCAGUAUCUAAUAGUACCUCUCUUAGCCUCAGCGAUUCUCUACCACUACUCAAAAACGGUGGCGAACUCGAAGAUGCAUUUAUCGACGAUACACUUCGCUCCAUGGCCGAGGACUCUUGUAUCUUUUUGAUCGAGGACUUUCUCCAAAACGUAACCAAACUCAACAGCCAAAUACCAGACGUCGAUAUCCGACGGUACUGCAACAUUGUGCUUGAGGCGGGCGCGUCAGGCAUUAAGAAAGUCGGUCUGUCUGAUUUGAGUUGCAUGCGAAGAAUUCUACAGAAUCACCUGUCGGUGGCUGAGCCCGCUAUCCGCAAGUACUGCGACAAGUUGCUGCGUGCACCAACGGAAGACACAGAGGUUCGGAAAGGGUGGAUUAACGACAAUGAGAUGAAAGAGAUCAUUCUCGUAUCGGAAUCGUUUGGAGAGGAAGCCCUACCCCUUCUUCUCCCACGCCUUGGCGGUUUCGUCAACAACCUCCCCUGGCUAGUCCAAUUGCUUAUCCAAGCCAAAGACUGCAAGCACUGGGCUUCAGAAACCUUCCUCCCACAAUUCAGCACCACCGUCCUUGAACCCGCCGUUGAGCGAGCGAAACUAGUAGUCUCUAGACCGGACAUACCUGUCGGUGAAAUGAUUCGCGAUUCCUUCCCAUUCCGCAAAAACAUAGCGCCAGUUCGCGGCACCAAUGAGGGAGACCGCGGUGUCACGAUGGAGGAGUUGAAGCUGCUGAUCCCGCUUCUCAAACACCUGAAGCUGGAACAUGUCGUGGAUCGGCUGGCGCAAAGGAUGCUGAUGGACUUUGUUGACCUCGAUCUCGAGAGCUUCCGCGACGUGCUCGGCGAGGAGAAGACGGAUGAGAUGAUUGAGAAGAAGAGGGCGAUUGAAGAGGCGAAGGAGGCGAAGAAAAGGAAGGCUGCUGAUGAUGGUGGAAGGGGGAAGAAGAAGAAGGGAAGAGGAGGUCGGCGAUGA